GCAAUGGCGUGAUUUUGAUUAACAUAUAAUGGUUUAUAGAACAAAUUAUGUGUAUAAAUACCAAGGAUUUGUAUGAAAUCUCCACACUGGCUAGGACUACCUUGCAUUGUAGAAAAGGAAUUUGCUGCAAGAUGCUGAAACUUCUGCUUACAUUGUGUAUGGUAACUGCUCUAAAUGGGCAAGCAGACAAAGACUUCAUAGCCGACGUCGUGAAACAACAUAACGUCUAUAGAGCUCUUCAUGGAGUCCCCGAUGUCACAGAUAAUGCUGAGAUGAAUGCACUUGCACACAAUUGGGCAAUAUAUUUAUUCACGAAUGACGUUUACAUGCACAAUCCAGACGAAAAAUAUGGAAUGAAUCUAUCGUGGAUGUGGUCCUCUUCUGCCUACGAAUUUUCAGGAUCACAACAUGUCGAUAAUUUGUACAAAAAGGAAGCCCAAUUUUAUGCGGAAAAUAAAUGGUGUGGAGGAGAACCAAAUAUGGAUUUAAGAUCAAAAUUUGGUCAUUAUACUCAAAUUGUAUGGAAAAAAUCGACUCAAAUUGGUGUUGGUAAAGCAGGAGAAUGUGUGGUAAUCAUCUAUUCCCCUCCAGGCAAUUAUAAAGGAAUGUAUGCAGAAAACGUACCAUGUCCGUUAGCAUAAUUUUAGUUAACAAGCUUUCGUAAACAAAUAAAACCAAACCUUGUAAGAAUUUUACUUCUUUAUUUUUUGUCAUUCAAACUCAUUACCGAUAUAAGUGCUCAGUCGACUUCAACAAUUGGCUCAGAAAUAGAUAUUUUAGAAUAUGUAGUUGAUAUAACAUAGACGUCCAUUGGUUCAACAGUUGUUGAAACAAAAGUUAUUCUCGUUCCAAACGUUAAUGUAUCAUCUGAAUUAUUUUCACAAUUUUGCGAAUAUACUCGUAGACACCCGACUAUAUCCAUACAUGUUUAUAACAAAUAAAAACGUAUUUGAAACAAGACAGCACUCUGGCAAAACGUUAGAAACAUGUGGUCUCCAAAGAAAUAUUUAAAACAU